GACCUCAGCUCGUUGCAAGGACUAUUCUUGUAUAUCCUGAGAUGAGGCGUAGCUGCUGACACUCCACCACGGUGACCGGUGGCAUGUAGCUGGUGUCACGGAACAAGCAGGAAACCUCACUGUUCCCCUAUAAAAACAGGGGCUUGUCCCAGGGUCAGUAUCAGAGGUUAGAGGUCCCUGCUCUGCUCCUACAGUUCAUCCCUCACCUGACAGCAACAUGAAGGUCUCCGUGGCUGCCGUCGCCGUUCUCCUCAUCGCUGCCUUCUGCUCCCUGGCCGCCUCUGGCCCACUCGGUCCCGACACGACCGUGUGCUGCUUCAGCUACGCCACCCGGAAGCUGCCCCAGAGCCACCUGAAGGAAUAUUUCUACACCAGUGGAAAGUGCUCUCAGCCAGCUGUAGUAUUUGUCACCAGAAAGAACCAACAGAUCUGCGCCAAUCCAAAGACCAAAUGGGUCCAGGACUACGUGAAUUUCCUAGAAAUGAAAUGAGACGGCUGGGAGCUGAUGGAGACCCUGCGUGCUUCCCUUUGCAGUGCUAAUGUCAGUAGCUAUUGUGCUGUCCACGGAACGCCACCCCUCAGCCCCGAGCAAAGGCCGUCGCUGUGCUUUAAGGGCUCGCUGGCACUUUAAAGACAUUUGAAGCUAUUUUAUUUGUAUUGUAAAAGAAUCACUUCUGUUCUAGAUUAUCCACCUUUAUGGUACAAACCAGGCCCUGAACACUUGUGGGCAUUAAAAAUCCUAUGGCCCUUAAGGGUAGCAGCCUACGAGGCAGUGUGGCCUAGUAGCUAGAUCACUGGACUGGGACUCAGGAGACCUGGGCUCUAUCACUUCUCUCCUUGAUACCUCAGUUUUCCCACCUGUAAAAUAGGGAUAAUGAUUCCUAUCUCUUUGAUAAAGAGCUUUGAGAUCUACUGAUGGGAAGUCCUAUACAGAAGUUAGGUGUCAUUCUUCAUCUCCUGGCUAAAUUCCAGUUCAGUUAAUUCAAUUUCACAUCCCUAACUUCCUCCUGUGGUUUCAACUGGUUAUGGGUCUUCCCCAUCCCUUCCCACCCUAAGUUCUGUGCAGCUAUGGAACAGUUGAUGUGCAUUACCCAGAGGUGGCUGCAUUCCAGUAACGGGUGAAGGAACUCCUGGCUUGUGCCUGUGUGAAGCUAUCUGCCGAGUUGGAGAAGCACUUUGGGAUCCUUCGGGAUGACAGACAGUGAGCAGCGAGUAAGCUAAUGCUGUAAUAUUAUUGGUCUAUUA